CAACAAUAAAAUGCUUCUAUAAACAAAACAGAAUAGAAUUUUACCCAAUAAAAAAACACAAUGCGGAAGACAUGGGUGAAGCGGGAGAAUAUCUACUACAAGCCAUUCUAUCGGCAGAAAUCCAAAAUGUUCCUGCUUCUCAUCUUCCUGGUGGGAAUAUCGUUCAUCGCCUAUCAGGCCUUCUCGCUGAACCAGUUGCCCACGGUGCACUCGCCCUGGAACCUGCAGCAGCUGCGCCGCAAGCACAAGGAAAUGAUGCAGUCCCUGUCCCUGGGCAGCAAACAGCGCGACGUGGACCCCUUCGAUGGCGGCGGGGCAACGGAGGCGAGAGUAGCGGCCACGGCUGGCCCGGACACAUCUUCCGCUCCCGAUGUGGAGCCCAUCAAAAUUAUACGCGGUACGCGCCUCUUCGACUAUGACGCGUACAAACCAAACUUUGAGGGCAAGUUCAAGUGCCUGGAUGGCAGCAAGGAGAUAGCGUUCGACCACUUGAACGACAACUACUGCGACUGCGAGGCUGACGGCAGCGACGAGCCCAGCACGAAUGCCUGCACCAACGGGCGCUUCUACUGCCGCUACCAGAAGCGCCACAUAACGGGCCGCGGCCGGGACAAGUAUGUGGCCAGCAGUCGGGUGAACGAUCACGUAUGCGAUUGCUGUGACGGCAGCGACGAGUGGACGACACACGUCAAGUGCCGCAACGACUGUGCGUAGUGCCCAGGGAGCGCUGCAUAGCAGACAGCCUGGACACCUCCGCCGCCACCUCCGCCAAGGACAUA